AAACGCGCCCUUAUUUUCUCUCGACCCAAGGUUGGCGGGAGUUUCCUAUUCAAUAAUUUCCAAUAUUCCAAUUUCCAAACCCCAGUCGAAGAUCUCUUCAGCAGAACCCUAAGAUGCGUCGGAAAGAAGAGGCGAGCCAGCAGCAGCAGCUGAACGCGGCGAAGAGGGCGUACAAUGCCGCCGAGGCGGAGGGGCACCGGCAGGAGGAGGCGCGUUGGGCCAACGUCAUCGGAGACAUACUCAAAAACCGCGGCGAGUACAUCGAGGCUAUCAAGUGGCUGCUCAAGGACUACGAAAUUUCUCAGAGGCUACCGGAUAAGCAGCUUCUCCCCACGUGUCAGUCCCUCGGCGAAGUUUACCUCCGCCUCCACAGAUUCCGUGAUGCCCUAAUUUAUCAGAAGAAGCAUUUGGAGCUUGCCAAAAACGAGAAGGACCUCGUCGAGGAACAGAGAGCUAAUACUCAGCUCGGGCGAACUUACCAUGAAAUGUUUUUGAAGUCCGAUGAUGACCAUUGCUCGGUUCGAAGCGCCAAGAAGUAUUUCAAGCAGGCCAUGAAUCUUGCACGGACCGUAAAAGAGUAUCCACCUUCUCAUAAAGUUUCUUUUAUUAAGGAGUAUGUUGAUGCUUACAAUAACCUCGGGAUGCUCGAAAUAGAUCUUGAUAAUUUGGAAGAAGCGGAGAAGAUUCUCACUAUAGGGUUAAAGAUUUGCGAUGAAGAAGAGGUCGACGAAAACGACGAUACACGUAGUAGGCUCCAUCAUAACCUUGGAAAUGUUUACUUGGAGCUGAGGAAAUGGGAAAAAGCCAACGAACACAUACGAAAGGAUAUCCAUAUUUGCAAGCAAAUCGGUCACCGUCAAGGAGAGGCGAAAGGGUAUAUUAAUCUUGGCGAGCUGCACUACAUAAAUCAGAAAUACGACGAAGCUAUUGCAUCCUACCAAAAGGCAUUUGAUCUGGCAAAAUCAUUGGAAGACGAGUCUGCAUUAUCAGAUCAAAUUGGUGCUAAUAUUAAAACUGCAAAGGAAGCGGUUGUAGUGAUGAAUGAACUGAAAAAGGAAGAGCAGAACCAUAAGAAGCUUGAAAGGAACACGGAAAUGGCUAGAGGCACAGAAAGUGAAAGGAAUUGUCUGUUGAAACAGAAUGCAUCGCUUGAUUGCCUUGUCGAGAAAUCAAGGCUGAUUUUUGCAUGGCUAAAACUUAAAGAUUAUGGAAAAAAGAAGAAGAGGAUAGCAACUGAACUUUGUGAUAAAGAAAAGUUGAGCGACUCUUUUCUAUUCAUUGGAGAGGCAUACCAGAAGCUACGGAGAUUUGACAAAGCCCUUAAAUGGUACAAGAAGUGCUUAGAAACCUACAGUUUGAUUGGACACUUGGAGGGCCAAGCAAUGGCAAAGAUUAAUAUUGGAGACAUUUUGGACUCGAUAGGGGAUUGGGCAGGUGCUUUAAAUGCUUUUAAAGAGGGGUACAUGAUUGCGGUUAAUGGAAACCUGACUUCCUUGCAGCUUUCUGCUCUAGAAAAUAUGCACUACAGUUACAUGAUUCGCUUUGAUGAAGUUGACGAGGCCAGGAGGACAAAAUCGUUAAUAGAUGAAUUAAAGCAAUCGCAAAAUGCAAAGCUCAAGCCUGAAGGUAAUUUAGGGAACUGCUGUUCUGAGACUAAAACAGAGUUGGAUAACCUAUCAGCAGAUGAAAGAUCGGACGGUAGCUUUUCAUCAAAGAAAUAUAAACCAAAUCCAUUGGGAUUAAAAGAACCUAGUGAUAGUGAUGAUGAGUUGAAUGAAAACAUACCACUGGUAUCGCUACUUCGAUCUAAUAAAAAUACGGCAAAGCAGAGAACUGCGUGCCAAAUAGCACCGAAUGCUUGUUCCAAACCAUCUCUAUCUCCUAUAAAGAGCAUAUCCAGAUCCACUGGUAGUUGUACAGUUAACCGUAAGCGUGGACGAAUUAUCCUUUCUGAUGAUGAUAGUGAAAAUGAAGAGGAACUUUCCUCUAGAAGAAUGGUUCAUAACGGUCCAAGGGAAGGCAUUGCAACUUCUGAUGAAUUAAGCAGAAAAUAUGCCAGUAGUCCAGUACAUGAAGUCCAGGAUGCUUCACCUGUUGCCUCGAAAUGUACACUCGCUGCUUGCUCUCUCAAUCUUGAGAAUAGUGCAUGUUCAUACAAAUCAAGGAGUUCUAAAUUAGGCUUGCACGACGGUACAGAUUAUAGAGUUACAGAUACACAUGAAGCUGUGGGUAAUUCUAACAGUAUCUAUGCUGGCUCGUGCCACCUAUUUCCAGAAGCAUGUUGUGAUGAAGCUUGCCAACAUAUAAUUUUCAAAAUUGAUGAAGAACUGGUGCGUAUGGACCUAAGUUUAUGUGGUGUUGGUGAUAAACUAGACAUAGAACAGAUGAAGGUUGAGUUGGCAUGCCUGUAUUAUUUACAACUCCCCAGAGAAAAGAGAUCGAGAGGUAGGCAUAAACUGUUGUUUCUUGAAUUGGUUUUUCCUCCUCUUGAGCCGCUAAUAUUAGUGAUGUCAGCAGGAUUGGUGCCAGUCAUUCAACACAUGAAGUACGAUGGGAGAAUUCUUGAAUCUAUUGAAACAUUAAAUAGCUUAAGAGACAAUGCACCAGGAAAUGGCCGGGUUGAGGUUUCCGUUAGUGUGAUGGUGACAAAACAUGUCAUGAAACUCUACAUUGACUGCUGUGAGGAGCUAUCUGAAUCACCAAAUUCGGAAGUUGUCCGGAAAUUGUAUAACUUGGACGUCUCGGAGGAUGAAAUUGUAGUGUCUGAUUGUCAACUAAGAGAUGUAUCGGUAGCACCUUUGUUGAAAGCUCUACAACUGCACAAAACACUUGCUCUCUUGGACCUUUCUCAUAACCUAUUAGGAAAUGGUACCGUCGAAAAACUCAAACAAGUAUUCAUAUCAUCAGGACAAAGUUAUGGUGGUCUGGUUCUAAAUUUGCACAGUAACCGACUUGGUCCAGCUGCUUUAUUUCAGAUUUGUGAAUGCCCAGUACUCUAUGCUCGAUUGGAAGUUCUCAACAUCUCUGGAAACUGUUUGACUGAUGCCUGUGCAUCUUACCUGUCAACUAUCCUUCGAACUUGCAAAGCUCUUUAUAGUUUGGACAUAGAGAAUUGUUCAAUCACUUCAAGAACAAUUCAGAAGGUUGCUGAUUCACUGGAUUCGGAUUCUGUACUAACACAUCUUUGUAUAGGACGCAAUCACCCUGUAUCUGGAAAUGCAUUGAUUAAUCUUUUCCUCAAGCUUGCCACUCUAAACCGGUUUCAAGAGCUUAAUCUAACUGGGAUAAAGCUAAGCAAACCUGUGGUUGAUAGCCUUUGCCAACUUGCCAAAGACUGUUGCUUGUCCGGAUUGCUGCUUGGAAAUACUAAUAUUGGAACUGAAGGUGCAAUACAGUUGAUUAAACCAUUAUCAAAGGAUACAGGGGAAUUGGUCAGGCUUGAUCUAUCAUUCUGCGGACUUACUAGCGAUUACAUUGUUAGGCUCAGAGAUGAAGCUCCUCUGAUUAGUGGAAUUCUCGAGUUGAAUCUUGGUGGAAAUCCAAUCAUGAAAGAGGGUUGCAUGGAAUUGGCAUCUUUACUCAACAACUCUCUAUGUUGUUUAAGAAUUCUGGUCAUCUGCAAAUGCGAACUCGGUUUUGCUGGUGUCGUCGGCAUACUUCAAGCACUAUCCAAGAAUUGCUCACUCGAAGAACUCAACCUGUCGGAAAAUAUUGGUCCAGACGAAACUAAAUCUCUAACACACGACUUAGAAUUGAUUGACGAAACCUCAAACCCUUUGUUGAAUGCUCUAGACACAAACGAGAACGAGCUUGAGGUUGCUGAUAGUGAAGAUGAGGUGGCAGAGGCAGAAGCUACAAAAAUAUCUGGUUUGGAAGAUUGUCACAUUUACACAUCCCAAAAAAAGACUAUUUUAGAAUGCCAGCCCAUGCAAGAGCUUUCUGCUUCGAUUAAAAUAGCAGGGAACUUAAAACUAUUGGAUCUUAGCGGUAACGGGUUCUCUGCGGAAAUUACAGAGAUGUUAUUUUCUGCAUGGUCCUCGGGUGAUAGGGCUGAUGUGGCUCAGAGACAUGUCGACGGAAACACGCUUCAUUUUUCGGCGCGAGGAGGAAACAAGUGCUGUGGAGUUAAGUCAUGCUGCAGAAAGAUUUGAGUGAGUUGUGUUUUCUCUCUCAUGAAAUAAUUUACGAGAAGCUCUACCAAACGAUGUAAUGAUCGCUUGAAUAUUGGACCAGAGAUGAAGGUUUUGUAAUUAAGUUAGUGAAGAUGAGAGUUGAAUGUAAUUUACAAUGCCUGGUUUUAUAAAUCAUGAAUAUUGCAUUGCCACCCUUUGUAUGGUUGGUUUCGUUUCAUCGUGUUGAAUGACCAUCUCAAUCAAAAACUUAAGCUAUUAGUGAAAUGUAUCAUUGAAUAUUAAUAUC